AUGGCUAAACUCCUGGUUAUUGAAGAUCCAGCUUCCUGGGUAAAUAUCCACCACCUGGAGUACACAGAUGGAGGAAUCCUGGACCCAGAUGAUGUGCUGGCAGAUGUUGUGGAAGACAAAGAUAAGCUGAUUGCUGUUUAUGAUGAACAAGAAGCUCCCCRUAAGACUGAUGGCACCAAUGGCAAUUUGACAGACAGAAAUAGCCCAGACUCUUUUGAGACAGAGGUAGCGACUCAGCUGGCUGCCUUUCAGCCCAUUGGUGAGAUUGAGGUGACUCCUUCUGCCUUAAAACUGGGCACACCACUUCUGGUACGGAGGAGCAGUGAUCCAGCUUUGGGUGCACCUGCUGAUUUCCCAARUGCUUCUCACCCCAGUGACCACAGUCUCAAGCAUGUUGUGGCAGGUACUUCCCAGGCRUCCUUUCAGGAUGGGGAGAUGAACGUCACUAGACCCACAGAGCUGCUCUUGGCUCAGAGGGCCCGGUUCCCUAGCAGUGAAAUGACAAAAACAGUGGAGAUUUCUGGGGAAGGUGGACCCUUGGGAAUACAUGUAGUGCCAUUUUUUUCAUCCUUGAGUGGAAGGAUGCUGGGACUCUUCAUCCGUGGUAUUGARGAAAACAGCAGAUCGAGGCGUGAUGGUCUUUUCUAUGAAAAUGAAUGCAUUGUGAAGAUAAACCAUGUGGACCUUACAGAUAAAACCUUUGUACAGGCUCAGGAYAUCUUCCGUCAGGCAAUGAAAUUUCAAAGUGUCAUCUUGGAAGUCCUUCCUCCAUAUAAUCGGGAAAAAUAUGAGAAGUCUGCUAUUGCUCCUCUUUGUAUUCUGAAUAAUGAAGAAGGAGUGACAAAAACAAAAAUUCCACCUCCUCUUCAUCCAAAACCUGCUGUGAAAAUGAUUAAUCUUUCUGGAGCAAGCUUGGAGUCAGGUGUACAGGGAACACUGCAACAAGCUAAGAGCCCCAACCUCCCACGACUGGGUAGAAAGCCAUCUUCUCCCUCACUGUCUCCCCUUAUGGGCUUUGGCAAUAAGAAAAAUGCAAAGAAAAUAAAGAUAGACCUCAAAAAAGGUCCAGAAGGACUUGGUUUCACCGUUGUUACCAGAGACUCUUCAGUGCAUGGUCCUGGUCCAAUCUUUGUGAAGAAUAUUUUACCAAAAGGUGCAGCAGUAAAAGAUGGUCGUUUGCAGUCAGGAGACAGAAUCCUGGAGGUGAAUGGACGGGACAUCACSGGCAGGACCCAGGAAGAGCUUGUAGCUAUGCUGAGGAGCACAAAGCAAGGGGAAACAGUCUGUCUGAUUGUGGCUCGUCAGGAGGAGGCCUUUCUACCUCGAGAGCUGAAAGGAGAGCCAAACUGCAGUAUUUUUUCUCCAGAAACCACAGAGCAGCUGACCUUUGAGAUUCCUCUGAAUGAUUCUGGCUCUGCUGGACUUGGUGUGAGCUUGAAAGGCAACAAAUCUCGGGAGACUGGAGCUGAUCUUGGGAUUUUCAUCAAAUCUGUUAUUCACGGAGGUGCUGCUUUUAAGGACGGCCGUUUGCGAGUCAAUGACCAGCUGGUUGCAGUGAACGGGGAGUCCCUCCUGGGCAGGUCAAACCACGAGGCCAUGGAAACCCUSAGGCGCUCCAUGUCCAUGGAGGGGAACAUUCGGGGCAGGAUCCAGCUGGUGGUUCUCCGCAGGCUGGAGGUGCACACAGAGGAACGCUCAGACCAGGGAGCCUUUCAGAAAUCAGCCUUUGACAGGAGUCAUAACUUGGCAGCUGCUUCCCGACGCAAKGAUGCCAUUCUUCAGCAGUUUGUGACGUGCAGUUCUCAGGAAGGAACAAAAGAGUUUCCAGUUUCUGAUCGUGGCCAUGGUGAAAAUGAAACCCCUCCCCCUCUCCCYCCACAUCCCAGUGAGGAUAUGCUGAAUGAGGAUUAUAACAGCCCUAUAAUAAAUUCAGCAGUGCAUUUAAGAGAUCAGCACAUCAGCUUCAGAUCUUUGACACCCGCCAAGCAGUCUGAAUCAAUUAAUCUGAAAGCCUCAAAAAGCAUGGAUCUGGUGGCAGAUGAAAGCAAAGUUGGUUUGUUGGCCGGACACAAAUCGGACUCUUCUGGCAAAGAUUUUGGUCCUACUCUGGGAUUAAAGAAGUCCAGUUCUCUUGAGAGUCUUCAGACUGCUGUGGCUGAAGUAAGGAAGAACGAGCUCCCCUUUCACAGACCCAGGCCUCACGUGGUGCGGGGUCGGGGSUGUAAUGAGAGUUUCCGAGCUGCAAUUGAUAAGUCUUACGAUGGACCUGAGGAUGGAGAAGAGGAUGGUGGCUCUGAUAAAAGCUCUCACUGUGGUCAAGAUGCUCAAAAUGUGGAAUCUGCCCCUCCAGGGAACCCUGAAAUAGAAGAUGCAGAAACCAAAGCAAAAAAAGACAAAAAAAAUAGGGAGAAAGAGAAAAAAAAGGGCAAAUCUAAAAUCAAAGAGAAGAAAAGGAAGGAAGAAAAUGAAGAUCCAGAAAAGAAAAAGAAGAAAGGCUUUGGUGUCAUGUUGAGGUUUGGAAAGAAGAAAGAAGAUAAAAGUGGGAAGGCAGAYCAGAAGGGGACUCCAAAGCAAGGCRUGSUUAAGGAGGAGGAGCUGGAGAAAAUGAAAGAUGAACGUGAAAGGAUUGGUGCAAAGCAUCAGGAGUURCAGCAAAAGCAACAGAGAGGCCUGAGUGAUUAUUCUACUGGUCCUGGAGGACCUGACAUUGAUGAUGAUGAGGUGGAUCCAAAUUAUGCCAGAGUGAACCACUUCAGAGAGGCUUAUCCACCAGCAAGCAUCUACAGACCGUCAUCACCACCACUGGGAGAARCCUUUGUUUAUUUGCGGGAUUCUUCUUCAGCACCAAUGGAGAGGGAGCACUUGGAAGGACUGUAUGCAAAAAUAAACAAGCAGCACUAUCCACAGACUUCUGGUGACAGUGGCUGCACAGGUAGUGGGAAUGCUGACCGUAUCCAGAGGUUACGGAAGGAGUACCACCAGGCCAGGAGGGAGGGUCUGCCUUUCUAUGACUAUGACGAUGACGACGACGGAAGGACUCAGCUGCCCGACUACGACCAGCGUUGGGUGCCUGGAAAAGUUCCAGAUGGGAGCUCGUACAGUCUUCACUUCGAGGGGGUGGAAAGGCAGUAUGCAUCCUUACCCAGGCGUGGACCUGUAGAGCCGCUGGAAUAUUUAACRGGGCCACGAGUAACGUACAAAGAGAGAGAUCUUCCCUACUAUCACGGAGGACAGCCUGUUAUCCACCCAUCCAAGGGGAGCUACAUCCGCGCGCCAGACACGAGAGUGGCUGAACUGAGGUACCCUCAGUAUUACCCAACCCAGCCCAUCACAAACCAGCACAAAGGACCCCUCCGGCAGGACGUGCCACCCUCCCCUCCUCAGCCCCACCGAGCACCAGCUUACAGUGAAAUUGUCCGACACCAUGGGACCAGUCCAGACCAGUACCAGUACAGGCAGCAGGAUCCCAGGCAGAAGAACUCCAUGACUGCAGCUGUAUAGCCAUGCCUUGGGCUCGGGGCACAGCCUGGCAGGAGCCCCGUCGGACAUCAUCCUUGUAGAGUUGUUCCCAAGCAUAAGUUGUUCCCAAGCCUGCAAGAAUGGCACACGAGACCUGGAGUCGUUCUUACAGAGCUGGGCUCAGCGUACAUGCUUUCUAACAGGCGAACUAAAGCCGCGUGAGGUACGAUGUGUUUUGAGUAUGUGAGGUACCAGACAAUUGAGUGUUUUUUAAUUCCUUUCAAAAAUAGAAGGUGGCUGCUGGAAAUGAAACACAACACUAAUACACCUCAGGGCUAUUUAGUGAAUGCAGUUACACCUUUACAGUAUAUAGCUGUCUGUGUCAGGGCAGCGGAGUCACCAGAGUUUACUUCAGAGUGCUGCUGUGGAGCCUUUUAAGUGAGAACACRGCGUGCAGUACAGACUUCUUGCACAGCUGGGGUUCUUGUGUAUCCAGUAUGUGAUCAUGACAAGYGACUGCCACAGAGGUAGUGACCACAUUCCAGGCACUUCCAGACCAACAGCUCUGCUUUAGGGAUGCUGCAGUUACAGAUUUACAAUCUGGCCUCCAUUUUCCUUUUUCUUUUUGGUGGCAGCAGCAUUUAUCUUAUAAUCUUCAUGUUUUGCAGAUUGUUUAUCAAAAGUCUCCUCUUACUGUACCUGCUUCAGGUGGAGUAGGGCAAAAAGCCUUAGCCCCUCUGGCUGAGCGGGCUCAAAGAGGAAAAGAGGACAGGCAGCCACAUGAGAACCAUAUUGGGGGUGGGGGGUGGGGAUUGUGCUUGUGAGUGUUUGUUAGUUAAAUAGUGUGCAGUCUUUAAAUGUAAACCCUGGAGACCAGAUCCUCAGCUGCUGUCAGGAAGCAUCACUCUUGGGAUUUCCGUGGAGCCAGCCUGUACGAAGUGCCAGGGAGGUGAGCAUGGUCACGGACUCCAUAAUUGAUGUGAAGUUACCGUGUCAGGUGCUGCCUUGGCUCCAUUAGGGCAGCUCAUUCCUGCCGUCCCAGGCACUGUUGGAGUGAAGUGCCUGCCAGCAGCRUGUCAUGCCCUGGCCAGCCUAGUGCUGCCACAAGGCACCUGUUCAUGUGGGGCCACCCUCGGGCCCCACCGUGCCAAGUGCCAAACUGCUCGAGUUCCUGCAGCAAGGGGUUUUCACAGCAAGGGRUGAGGAAAAAGACAAGGAAAGCAACAGGAAGGGCUUCAAGACGUGGGGCCCAGGAGGCAAAGAUGAGAAUAGCUGUUUGUGGCAAAUUAUUUGCAACAGUGCAUAGGAAGAGAGAGGGUGUGGGUGGGGAARGGAUGUCAGCAAUGCAGUAGAACCAUGGUAAGGGGACAGAGUGGAACAUGCCCAGUUCUUUGCCCCACACAGUCWGAGUUUGCUCUGCAGCCAGAAAUGCAUGUCCCCAGCCACAGGGACCUGUGCRACCUGACCCAAAAGGGCUCUGAGUGCUUACAGAUCUGUCUCAAGGAUUUUGUCAUGGGGAAACCAUGCAGUAUUGCAACCUAGAAAUACCUUACUUCCAAGUGUCCUUAAUUCCUUGACUUCUGCCCUYUGGGAGUGUCACUAAACCAUUAGGCCUCCUCUCCUCAUCAGGAAAAGACUGUGACCUGGCCAAGAAUUAAGCAUAAGGAUUUCUUUAAUAUAUUUUUGACACCUUUGGUAUGCAACACAUUAAAUCACAUAGGUCACUUCCCAGGUAUUAAAUGCCACCAGGAAGGUUUGUCCUGCUAGGAAUGUGUCCUGCCAGCAGGUAAUGGCCCUGAUGAGAUGCAACAUUUAAUGCCAGCCUGCAUUUCUUCUCUGCUGAUGAUGCCAGUGAGAGCCCAGUGUAACCCUGAGRCACAGGGAGCACUUGCAGCUGCCUGAGUGGCCAGCAGGCUCUAAUGUUUGCUUUUCACCAGCUUCCAUCUACCAGCAGGGAUGGGAAGCAGGGCAGAGGAGACAGCUUUCCAUGGUGGGGAAGCACCUCCAUGAUUCAGACAGAGAGCUGGACUCCCUGGGGCAGGGGCAGGCACAGCUCUAAAUCCAGUCAAGAGGAAGCAUUGGUGGGAGGGUGAGAGAAGAGGAAUGCAACUGAUUAUGAAGCAAGGAUGUUUGGUUCUUGUUCCAUUUCUUUCUGCCCUCUUCCCUAGUAAUGUAGGAGGGRAAAASCUCUGGAGGGAGUGUUGGAUGUAAAGCUCUCAGUACCCUCCAUAAAUAAGGCRCAUUCCCCAAGGAAACUGCCUGUCRUGUACGUGCUCUACACAGCCUCAUASUUCUCUCAGAAAGCUUUAGAUGCUAGAGGAUACUCAGCCAGGACUUGGCAGCCACACAGGAUAGCCGCUGGUGUUAUAAAGGCCUGUUGAAAGUGAARCAAAAACAAAUUAAAAUAGUUUCCUUUCUCUCCUUGAAAUAUAACCCCUGAUACAUUUGAUCCAGCUGUAAAGAAACUAAUGUUUGCGACAGUGGCUUUAUCAAGCCAGGCCACAAUUAAGAACAGCUCUGAAUAUAAGCUACUGCCUUUAUAAAUCARUCUCAACUAACCCUUCAAAUGGCAUCACAGCACAGUGAACAGGACUCAUUUACAGUAUUUCAUGAGCCAGGGCCAAAUAAAAUCUGGAUGGAAACAGCUCUUGGGUUAUUUAUAACCUUUGAAGGACCUGCCCAAUGUCUCCCUGUAACAGGAAUCUUUCCUUAAGAGCUCCCCUUAACUGCAUCAGCUCCACUCAAUUGAGGCAGACAGAUUAAACAAACACUUUCUGAGCUGUUAAUCUUACCUUACCCAACAGGUUAUUAAAUGAUUAAAUGAUGCUUCUGCUCAGUAAGCAGAAAUCAGUAGAGAGCUUCUUCCCAUCAAAGAAAAAAAAAAAAGAGAUGUAAGUAUAAUCUAUGGGUGCAUUGUACAGGUAAGGAGCUAAGGAGCUGAGAAGAACAAUGUGAGCUAGCUGGAGUAACAAGACCAGAAAGUAUUACAGAGCAUCUCAUCAAUCUCUGGUGCCAUUGUUCUGGGAGAAAAUAUGGUUUAAUAUUUGGUAAAAUAUUAAAUAUGGUAUUUUCAAAAAUAUCAUGUAUAACUACAGUAUGUAUAGUCAGCUUUUCUGCAGUGUAAAAUGUAUGAUUUUAGCACCAUAUUGUGGAAAAAUAUGUACCGUGCAGAAUUCACGAGGUGCUACAACUGACGGUUGAAAAUACACACUUGCAAAAUCCAAAAGAGCCGUUAAGUAACAAGUUGUUCUUUUCCCAUAUGUCCAUAUGUUUGGGAAAAUUAUGAGUCUGAAAUGCUCUUGACACGUAAUUGCCUCACACUUCCUCAUCCAAAAUAUGCCAGUCCAGCAGUAGAGUURCUGGCAUAGUGGGUGUGAAGGGAGAGUUAGGUUUGCCCCAGGAGCAGCCCUAAGUGCUUAUGUGAACAGGCAUCAAGACCAGGGGAGAGAGGCUGCGCUCACAUGAAGGGAAGCUUUGAUUUCCUGAGCUGGUGGCGUGCAGCCUGCAUUUCUGGCUCUGGCACAGGGCCAGMCAGGCCCAGCAGUUGAAAGAUUAAGAGCCAGAAAAAGAGCCUGUGGAUUUUCUGAGUGACCACCCACUAGUGAACCAUGAUCUUGGCCUGCGAGCUGACAUUACCACUGUGAUAUAUUACGAUGCAGAAGUCUCUAGGCAUCCUUCGAAUGCAUAAAGAAAUAUAAAUUGCCCUUUGUGGGGAAAAAAAAAGAGGGAAAUUAAGCACAGAAAAGAAAAAAACAAGGCUCUUGCCUUGAAAAAGUGCAUACAGCCCUGAAUUCCAAUUCACUCCAGCUUCCUGAUCUAGAAAUAGCUUCAUAUGCUGCCUAAUUUUUUUACAGAUGAAUUGUGCUACCUCUUCCUCCCAGCCUCACAGAUUUGUUUAUCCGAGUUAGUGCUGUGAGUGAAUCCUACUGACUGCUCUGCCAGGGCCACAUCCUGAUGCUCUGCUCUGAGCAGGGGCUGCUCUGCACUUUCAAAAGGCCCCACACCUGUGCUACCCAUCACAGUUGUUCUGCAGGGUCCUUAAGCCUUAUAUGCAAAAUCAGAAGUGCUAUUCACUAUCUCUGCAUAGAAGAGAAGGCUUUGUAAAACACUAUUCUGUUACUGUGAGGGAGAGAGAGGUACUUGUGAUCCUGACAAUACCUGUGUGUUUAAGUGAAACUGAUUUUAAAAUAAUGUGUGAUUGUUUUGGGGAAGAAAUGCAACACUUAAUUUGAGAGGUUUUUUCUAGUACCGCAUCAAAGAUUUUGAUCUUUUGUUACAUAUGGCUAUAUAAAUUUUACCUGGUUUAUUUUGCAUUAAAAUAAAGGCUUUAAGACUAUAUAUGAUUGUGUAUUUGUACAUAGAGUCUUUCCCUUGUUUGUGUCUACAAAGUCAUCCUCAGCCACGGAUGUGAUUUGAUAUUAGAAGAUGAUGUAUGAUCAAGCUGGAUCAGAAU